CAUUGCGACUGUUUCAUGACUGUAAUUGUAUCGUCGACAAUCAUUGACGUCGUCGUGCCGAAGCUUAUCAGGAUGGAUGCUAGUGCAGCAUCACGGUUACAAUUAUUUAUUAUAAUAUUUGGACUGCUCGUGUCGUCUAGUCAAUGUCACAAGUCGGAUGCGUUUCAGAGUACUUUGGGCCAUAUAAAAUCACACACCUCGCCGGAAGUUCAGACGAAGGCAGCUAAAGAUGUCGCGGAAAGACUACUAGGCAAAGAGACAUCUAAAUUAUUUAUUAUGAUGCUGGACAGCAAUUUAGGUCCCGUUGGCAAAGAUACUUUCAAGAUAAGAAAAAAUCAUCUAGGUGAAAUUGAAAUUCGUGGUACUUCCGGAGUGGCCAUCACGUGGGGUUUGCAUUUUUAUUUGAAGCACUAUUGCAAUGUUCAUAUAUCGUGGGACGGUACACAGAUUACUCUGCCUAAGACAUUACCAAAUGUUCAAGUUAAAAUUACAUCGAACGACAGAUUCAGAUAUUAUCAGAAUGUGUGCACUGUGGGUUAUAGCUCGACCUGGUGGCAAUGGGAGCAAUGGGAGAGGAAUAUCGAUUGGAUGGCUCUUAAUGGGAUCAAUCUUGCCCUUGCUUUUACCGCGCAAGAAGCCAUCUGGCAAAGACUGUAUCAAGAAUUGAAUCUCACAAAGGAAGAGAUCGAUGAGCAUUUAGGGGGUCCUGCUUUCUUACCUUGGGUAAGGAUGGGCAAUAUUCGUGGCUUUGGCGGAUCGUUAUCAACAAAUUGGCAUAAUCGCACCAUACGUCUACAACAUCAAAUUCUUCGAAGAAUGAGGGAUCUCGGAAUCAUUCCAGUACUACCAGCUUUCGCUGGUCAUGUGCCACGAGCUUUCGCUAGACUCUUUCCAAACGCCAAUAUGACGAAGAUCGAUCCUUGGAACAAGUUCGAAGACAAAUAUUGUUGUCCUUAUUUGUUAGAACCGACGGAUCUACUAUUUCGCAUCAUUGGAGAAAGGUUCUUAAGAAUGUAUAUCGACGAAUUUGGUACCGAUCACAUUUACAGUUGCGAUACUUUUAACGAGAACGAGCCCGGUAGCACUGAACUUAUUUAUUUGAGAAACAUCGGCCAAGCAGUUUUCGCGGCUAUGAAUGCAGUCGAUUCUAAAGCAAUAUGGUUGAUGCAAGCUUGGCUAUUCGUGCACGAUUUCAAGUUCUGGACGAAGCCUAGAGUGAAAUCCUUUCUGACCUCGGUACCUACGGGACGAAUGUUGAUAUUAGAUUUGCAAUCAGAACAAUUUCCACAAUACAGCCGACUAGAAUCAUAUUAUGGUCAACCAUUUAUCUGGUGUAUGCUACACAACUUUGGUGGUACCUUGGGAAUGUUUGGAUCCGCAGAAAUCAUUAAUCAACGCACGUUUGAAGGUAGAAAUAUGAAUGGCAGUACGAUGGUGGGAACCGGACUGACACCCGAGGGCAUCAAUCAGAACUACGUGAUUUACGAGUUGAUGAAUGAGAUGGCAUAUAGUCACAAGCCCGUCGACCUUGAUGCUUGGUUCCAAAGUUAUGCUGUUCGAAGAUAUGGCAGGUGGAAUGAUUAUACGAUGAUUUCUUGGCAAUACCUUGGCAGAACAGUUUAUAAUUAUAUCGGCGCACAAAAAAUCAGAGGACAUUACGUCAUUACCAGACGGCCAAGUUUAAAUAUUUCAUCAUGGGUUUGGUAUAACCGAAGAGAUUUCUAUUGUAUGUGGGAUAUAUUCUUAAAAGCGAGAUACGAUAGUGGAAACAAUACUCUUUACAGACAUGACGUGGUCGAUAUAACUAGACAGGCUCUCCAACUAAUAGCUGAUGAUUUAUAUACGGUUGUAUUAGAUUCUUAUAAAAAAAAGAAUAUUACUGCCUUUCAAUCAUCCGCGAGCGCUUUGCUGGAACUUUUCGACGAUCUCGAGUCUAUUCUAGCGUCGGGAAGUAAUUUCCUGCUAGGUACUUGGUUAUUUGAAGCAAAAGAUUUGGCCAUCGACGAGAAGGAAAGGCAAUCCUAUGAAUACAAUGCGAGAAAUCAGAUCACCCUAUGGGGCCCAAACGGCGAGAUCAGAGAUUACGCGAAUAAACAAUGGUCGGGAGUGAUGGCGGAUUAUUUCAAGCCCAGAUGGGAGCUCUUCCUGAAUGCCCUCGAGAAAUCGCUAGUCCAAAGAACUAAGUUCAAUACAACCGAGAUUAAUAAUAGGAUAUUUCAUGAAGUCGAACAGCCGUUCACCUUUUCCACGAAGCUUUAUCCGGUAGAGCCGAAAGGUGAUACUAUCGAUAUAGCGAUGAAACUAAUUUCAAAAUGGUAUAAUAAAGAAACACCAUUAUUAUCAGUAUUAUCAAAUACGGAAACAUGCUGGUAAGCAAAUUCUAGAUUAAUCGAUCUGUUUUAGACACACACACACACACACACACACACACACAUAUGUAAUACAUGUAAAUACAUCUACACAAAUUUUGAAUAGUUCUGAUGAGUUGAAAAAAUUAUCCAAUAAUUGUAGUAAAAUAAAAAUAUUAAUAUGGUAAAA